UUUCCUAUUCAUUUACAAAUAACGUAAAUAAUCUUAAGGAUCGGCUGAUUUUUGUGAAGAAAUCGAUUGGAGAUCGCUUGUUUUGUCCACAAAAGGAAGGAAUUUUUUUGCAGGCUUCUUUCCCCCAUACGAAGCUCUAAAAUGUCCAAAGACAUACAGGCCUGUUCUAGAACUGAGAUGAAAUGUCUGAACGCUCCUCGAGACGACGACAGCUACAGCUCCAACAGCAACGACUUUGCGUACUCUGACUUUCCCAAGAAGUUUCCUCUCAAUGGGCAAUACCCAGAUGCAGAUCCAGAGAGUCACAACUUCCUCUCUGAUCACAACCCAAGCAAGAAGAAGUAUGAAACUGAAUACCACCAGGGCAGUGCCUCCUUCAGCAUGUCCGUCUUCAACCUGGGCAAUGCCAUCAUGGGCAGCGGCAUUCUGGGUCUGUCCUACGCUAUGGCCAACACCGGCAUCGCUCUGUUUGUGAUUCUCCUGGUUUCCGUUGCCAUUUUCUCCUUGUAUUCUGUCCACUUGUUGCUGAAGACAGCCAAUGAAGCAGGUGUUCUUGUUUACGAGUCACUGGGUUACAAGGCCUUUGGGAUCCCAGGCAAACUGGCUGCUUCCUGCUCCAUCACCAUGCAGAACAUUGGAGCCAUGUCAAGCUACCUCUUCAUUAUUAAAUAUGAACUCCCCAUUGUUAUUCAGUCUUUUACUGGAGCAAAUGAUGGUGAAUGGUACAUCAAUGGAGAUUUCCUUGUGAUUCUGGUCUCAAUUAUUGUUAUCCUGCCUCUCUCUCUGCUCAAGAACUUGGGUUACCUUGGUUACACCAGCGGUCUGUCUCUACUCUGCAUGGUGUUUUUUCUGAUUGUGGUGAUCAUAAAGAAGUUCCAGAUGCCAUGCCCUCUGCCUAAUAUUGUGGCUGAAAAUGAAACCAUGCAUAUGUUCAACAGCACCCCCCACAGCGACAACGCCACUGCAGAUGAUGACACUUGCAAGCCUAAAUACUUUGUCUACAACUCACAGACUGUCUAUGCUAUACCCAUCCUCACUUUUGCCUUCGUGUGCCACCCUACUAUCCUACCCAUGUAUGAUGAGCUCAAAGAUCGGUCACGCCGAAAGAUGCAGAAUGUGGCCAACGUGUCCUUCCUGGCCAUGUUCAUCAUGUACCUGCUGGCUGCCCUCUUCGGAUACCUCACCUUCAACAUCCACGUGGAACCUGAGCUGCUCCACACCUACUCAAACUUCUACAAGUACGAUACUCUCCUGCUGGUUGUUCGUAUAGCUGUGCUGGCCGCUGUCACACUCACAGUCCCUGUGUUGCUCUUCCCUAUUCGUACCUCAGUCGGCCACCUGCUGUUCGCAGGAAAGGUCUUCAGCUGGAUCCGUCACAUUAUUAUCACCGUGAUCCUGCUAGCAGGAACCAACAUUCUGGUCAUUUUUGUCCCCAGUAUCAGAGAUAUUUUUGGUUUCACUGGUGCCUGUGCUGCUGCAAUGCUGAUCUUCAUCCUGCCCUCAGCUUUCUAUCUCAGACUGGUUAAGAAGGAGUCAAUGGUAUCCAGGCAGAAGAUUGGGGCUGAGAUGUUCCUGACAUUAGGAUUUGUUAUCAUGUUUGGCUGCAUGACUCUUAUCAUCUACGACUGGAUCGCGAACUCUACGAAAGACCAAGGUCACUGAAGCUCCAGGUCUUUUGCUACUAGUGAGGAACUGAAUUUAUUUUCUCAUUUUAACUUUCAUUUUAAAGUUGCUAUUUUGUUUUUACUGUACCAAAUAUGUCCUUUGAAGCACAUAUUAUUUGUCUUUUCAAUAUCCCUCCCAAUAUCCUAUGAUAUUAAAAAGAUACAUAUUUUUUUCAUUUCAGCUAUUUUCAAAAGACUGUAAACAGAAAUAUUUCAGAACGUCAAAUAACGUCAAUAAUUUUCUUAUGAAACGUUUGAUUCAAUGUGAAAAAUGUUUAAGUAAAAUGUUGUAUUGAACCUCGAUUCUUUUUCCAUAAGAAACUGAAUCAAAUUUGGUCAAUAGAUGCUCUAGGUUGGUUGUCUAAAUGCAAAGAGAGCACAGAAAUGAGUUGUAAUAUUCCCUCUGCUUUAGAUAAAGAUUUCUGUCCUAUAAGGCUCAGAACCUGAAACAUCAGAGAAAGUUUGGAUUACAUUGAAAGUAGAGGAAACUUCUCUGCUGUCUCUUAAAAACAGAGCAGUAUUAUUAUAUCACACACAAGUUUUUUUUGGCUGUAGUUUAUUUUGUGGACUUAUUUACAUCAAUUUGAUGUAAUUUGGUUCAUUUGGUUUAGUCAUAACUUACUUUUUUGUGUUCAAUUGACUUGAAAGUCACAAAUCUUUUUUGUUUUGUUUUGUUUUGUUUUUUUUCCCCCACCAGGGGGUAUUUUAUGGGCUCUAGUGUCCCUUAUCUGAGAGCAGGCUGACAGGAAGGGGGAAGGAGGAGGGGGGAAGACAUGCGGCAAACGAAGGCCGGGUCCAGGAAUCGAACCCGCGACCGCUGCGUCGAGGACUGAAGGCCUCCAAAUGUGGGUCGCGCUAUUCCCUACACCACCACAGCACGCCCUGAAAGUCACAAAUCUAACUAACUUAAAUUAAAUUAACUUAAAGGAACAUUUUACUUUGACUUGAAAUAAAUGAGUUCAAUACCAGACUUAUUUCCUACAUCUGACCAACUUAAUAUAUUAAGAUCAUCCAACGUAAUUCAUUAAGUUUAUCCAUCUCAGUUAACUACGCUUUAUAACUUCAUUCAUUAAGUGUGUUUAACAUGGGAAAUUUAAGUCACUCUUACUCAAAUCAUUUAUUCUUGUCUAAAAUAAUUCAAACCUCUUUGACUAAAUUCAACAGAAAGUCUACUCAAACUUUUAAGUUGUUCCAAACUAAAAUAUCCAAAAUUACAUUAUCACUCAUAUCGUAUUUGAAAUACAACAGGUAACACAGGUGUGCAGAUUUUCACCCUCAACUGAAUGACUUACUGUAUACAUGUAUUGUGCAUUCUUAUAGCCAUAAGUUUGAUGUUAUGCACACAAUUAUGUUUCUGUUAAACUAUGCGUGUAUUUUAUUGACUUAUGAGUUUAUUGCACUGUUUCUGUUGCAUAAGUGGCAGUUAGCUAUCAUCAUAAGGGAGUUAUUACUGAUUAACACAAUAUCUGCUAAAUUGUGUGUAAUUUAAAGUUAUUUUGCCUUACUGUCCUAAGAUAUCAAUUAUGUCCUAAAAGGCAGCGUUCAGUUAAACACCUAUUUAAUAUUUCCUCUAAGCUCAUGUGACUUUACACAGGUUCUAUAUUUGUGCUCAAUAUUAUCUGGAUUUAUUUUAAUAAUUUUUUUUUAAGACUGUGAAUAAAAAAUAAUUGUAACUUUAAAUCUAAUAUUUUUAUAAAGCACUAAAGUCCCACUGCAGGAAAGCUGGCCCGACUACAUUUCCUGCCAUUCAGACAGAUU